UCAUUCCCAGAAAUCUCCAGGCCCGGCCCGGCAGUUGCUUCGCUUCAGGACUUUAACAACCUGGAACCUCACGUCCCACAGACGGCGAGGUGACUUUGACCUUCGGUUCCUUUUCCGUGUCCCGUGUUGCGUACUGCGCGUGAGUGGCACCCGUCCGAGGAAGAAUCCGCUUGGGUCGCCGCGAAGACGACUGCGCAGACGUAGCUGGCGCCCAUGAGGGACAGCCAGUGGCGGUCUGGGUUUUCUGGACUCUGCUUUUCUGGUAGAGGAGCCCAGAGGACUGAUCAUCUCUUGCAGGUCUAAAACCAUGGCCCAUGGAUCACUGACAUUCAGUGAUGUGGCCAUAGGCUUCUCUCAGCAGGAGUGGGAAUGUCUUGACCUCGUUCAGAAGACUUUGUACCGGGAUGUGAUGAUGGAGAACUAUGGUAACUUGUUUUUUCUUGAAUGUGGGAAGGCCUUUAGUCGUCAUACAGACCUAAGAGUACAUCAAAUAAUUCAUACUGGUGAGAAACCAUAUGAAUGUAGGGAAUGUGGCAAGGCCUUUAGUCGUCUUACAGACUUUAAAGUACAUAAGAGAAUUCAUACUGGUGAGAAACCCUAUGAAUGUGAAGAAUGUGGGAAGGCCUUUAGUCGUGCCUCAAACCUUGCUCAACAUGGAAGAGUUCAUACUGGUGAGAAAUCCUAUGGAUGUAAGGAAUGUGGGAAAGCCUUUAGUGACGUUGGAACACUUAGAAUACAUCAGAGAAUUCAUACUGGUGAGAAGCCCUAUGAAUGUAAGGAAUGUGGGAAGGCCUUUAGUCAAGCCUCAAACCUUAUACAACAUGACAGGAUUCAUACUGGUGAAAAACCCUAUGAAUGUAAAGAUUGUGGGAAGGCUUUUAGUCAUGCUUCACAUCUUGUUAGACAUGAGAGAAUUCAUACUGGUGAGAAACCCUAUGAAUGUAAGGAGUGUGGAAAGACUUUUAGGAGUAGCCAUCAACUUACUAUACACCACAGAUUUCAUACUGGUGAGAAACCCUAUGAAUGUAAGGCAUGUGGGAAGGCGUUUGGUGUGUAUGGACGCCUUACUCGACAUCAGAGUAUUCACAGUGGUGAGAAACCUUUUGAGUGUAACAAAUGCGGGAAGUCCUUUAGGCUCAGUUCAAGCCUUAAAGUACAUCAGAGUAUUCACACUGGUGAAAAACCCUUUGGAUGCCACAAAUGCGGGAAGUCCUUUAGACUUAGUUCAAUGCUUAAGUGGCAGGACACAAACUCCUUCCCUGUGGGGUGUGACAUCCAGAAAACUGGGGGCAUGCCUGAGUGCCACUAA